UCUAACGUACUUAUACUCAUACAUUGUUUCUCGUGCAUUUAUUAAAACGAUAUUCAUCCGGAAACACUGGAGUCGUGAAACGGCAUAAAAUCUCACAGAUCCAUCAAGAUGCGGCUGAGCUACGCUCAUGGGAUCUUCUUAAUGGUGCUCUCAAGCAUGGUUAACUGGGGUGGCUCCUUCAAGUUGCAUUUCACGAACGAGGUCAAAAAAUAUAUUGACGAAAAGAAUAAGACAGAAGGCAGUAUCACCAGCUGGGGCUUCACAGAAGAUUACGCCUAUUGGAAGGAAAAUAUUUCUGAGAAAGUACCGGCGGUGACGGCUAGGAUAGCCUGGAUGAUCUACGGUGACUGCAAACCACACCAUCACAGGAAAUCACAGAAAAAUAAUUGCACUGGGCACUUCUCGUGGUCCGUUCACGAUUGCAUAACAUCUCCUUUCAGCCUUCGGUGGAAUACUAGCCUUCCAAUCAAGUUCAGAGGACCAGAGCCGAAGAACGUUUCGCUCGAGCUAGAUAAUGCCACUAUUUUUAGCAAUGUCUUCCACUGGGGCCAUACACGUGGUGAAGAGCAAACAUUUCGAACGACAUGCGAAUUCGUUGCGAGAGCAAGCUUCACUGGCUAUCUGGCGUACAACCUCACAAACGCUGGAAAAGGCAGCUCUAGCUGGGUUACGGUCAAUAUCACUGAGCUCGCGACAAUCUCCAGAGAAUUUGAAGUGAGAAGAGGCGAGUUGCUGUACUAUAUGUGGGGCACAUAUUAUGAGAGAAUGACGUGCGUUUGAUAAGACAAUAAAAUAAAAUAAAUUCGA